AUGGUCUCAGAAGAAGGAGCCGACUCCUGUACCAUGGCCCUCGGCUCCGACUCUGUGAUAGGCGCUGGUCUGUUCGAUCUUAAGGCACUGAGUGCCAAGAUAUCUGGAGAGUAUGGGCCAUUGGCUCUACCCGAUGGUCGCGCUGUCUACUUUGAUGCUAUGGCAGGACGAGCUGACAUUACCAAGACUGUCGUUGCCGGCAAGUGCGCGGCGUCAACUAUGGCAGAGGAGGGGCCAGACCGUGUGCCCAUUGGCACGACCAUCACGGAGGUGCGGGCCGCCAGUCAUGGACUGGGCUUACUGCUCGUAGCGCCGGCUGAGGUUGGAGCAUGCCAGAACAUAGCCGUGAUUGACCUUAUCUGUGACCCUUCGGUCGGUAUCUGCAGUGGGCAGUAUGUGGCUAUAGAAUGGCAUCUGGCUGAGGCCUGCCGUCUCUGUUCUACUGAGGACUACGUCCGUACAGUCAGUGAAUGCAUCAACGGGACGCAAGAGACAGUCUAUGCAUGGUACGCGACGGCCAUCCUGCCGGCAUCACAUCCCAGCACUGUGAAGGCGGAGGACUACCCUGGUGAACAUUGA